GGAGGACAUCUUCCUGCUUGGAGGAGUCACCGCAGCAAGCUACGGAAGCCGUCUGGCCCAAAGAGGGGCACAAAGUCUAGUGGGUGUGUGGGGUCUGAAGCCCGAGGGGUAAAAGUAGCACCCGCUGCUUCGUCUCCAUCCUCUUUCUGCUCUGCUUUAACCCAAGGACACCCACAGAAGUGCGUGGGGCUGAGACUCCAAAUUGUCCUCGGAAUCCUCAGGGCGUCUUCUGUCCUCCCUGCCAUGGCCUUCAGGCAAAGGAGCCAAUCCCGUCAGGGCUCUGCUGGGGAACGAGAGGAGCAUCCAUGCCCCUCUCGGGACCAGGAAGGUCCUCAGUCCCUCCCCCUGGAGGUUCUGUAUCAGAAGAUAAAUAUAUUGGUGGAUUUCCUGCUCCAAAAGUAUAGUAUUAAGGAAAUGACCACCAGGGCAGAAAUCCUUCACUGUGUCCUGAAGGAUCACUGGGAGCACUUCCCUCUGAUCUUUGCAAAAGUCUGUGAUUGCUUGUACAUGCUCUUUGGCGUUGAUGUGAAGGAAGUAGAUCCCCCCGGGUGCAUAUAUUCCCUUGACCCUGUCCUGGGUCUCACCUAUAAUGAGCGAAAUGGUGAUGACUACCGCAGUGCCAAAAGCAGCAUCUUGAUCUUGAUUAUCACCACCAUCUUCAGGAAGGGCAACCGAGCCAGUGAGAAAGUUAUCUGGCUUGAACUCAGCAGGAUGGGGGUGUUUGAUGGGAGGGAGCACGCAGUCUAUGGGGAGCCCAGGAAACUCAUCACUGAGGACCUGGUGGAGGAAGGGUAUCUAGAGUAUCGCCAGGUGCCCAAUAGCAAUCCCGCUCGCUAUGAGUUCCUGUGGGGCCCAAGGACCCACGCUGAAACCAACAAGAUGGAGGUCCUGGAGCAUUUGGCUAAGGUCAAUAAGAGAGAUCCGUGGUCCUACCUCCGUCUCUAUGAGGAGGCUUUCAGAGAGCAGCAAGAGGCUCUCCAUGCACAACGUGUGGGCCACUGAGGGGCAAGGUGCAGGCCAGGGACAGGGCGUGUCCGGAAGCCACGUCACUAGCUCAGCUCCUGUCCAUGUAAAAUGACUCCCAUCCUUCAGUCUUUGUUUCAGGAGAGCAGCAAGCUAGCUCAGUAGUAAAGAGAUAGGUAGGAGGGGAAAAUA